UUGUCUGUAUUCAGUCCAGUCCAAGAUGGCGUCGAACGCGUUCUUGAUCGCUGGACUUCUUUCAGUAUUUUCUCUUCUUACACUCAAAGAAAUCAUGUUCCCCAGCCAGGCACAAGCCCAAGACCCUAGCAGUGUAACUAAUAUGAAAAGAGCCGCCAUGUUUACCGGGCCUACUGUUCGUGUUUUGUACUGCUACUCCUGAGGCUAUCAGAGGGUGUUUGAGGAGUACGCCCAAUUCCUCAGACAAAACUUCCCUCACCUUAACGUGGAGGGGAGUAACUACCCUCCCCCCCGUCCCCGUCAGAUCCUGGCAUCAGUGAUCAGCAUGGCAAAGCUUAUCGCUAUCGGCAUUAUUAUGCUAGGUGAACAAGUCAGAUUGUUUGAGAACCUAAAUAUCACUCCCCCAGAGAUCUACACAUGGGCUGUCAACAACAAGAUGUAUUCCUGUAUCCUCAUUUUCUUUCUAAGUAACAUGAUUGAAGGGCAGCUCAUAUCAACUGGAGCAUUUGAAGUGUCAUUUAACGAUAUGCCAGUAUGGUCCAAGCUUCAAGCUGGUAGACUACCCUCUCCAAAUGAGCUCCACCAGAUUGUUGAGAACCAGAUGAAAUUUACCAGUGCUGCCCAAUAGAUCAUCCCUAGUUUCCUGUGUCUGCUGAGUAUAUGAUUGCUGUGGCUGAAAGUGGGACUUGCCGCAAACCAUGGCUGGAUGACUAUCAGUGGGGAUGGGGGACUAGAAAUGAGUAAAGGGCUGCAAAGGACUCACUAAAUCUACUGUACAGAUAAAGAAUUUUGUUAGAAUGAACAGUGCCUUCAAAAGACUUUGCAAUACUUUGCCUGAGGUGUUAAUUCUAUACCUAAGGUAUGUGUAUAUAAUAUGCUUAAAAUUCAGUGUGCUUAUCGCAAGCCUUAGCCUGAGAAAAAUCGUCUUUGCCACUUUUUAUAUUUUAAAUUAUUAUCAUUCAGUAUUUUAAGUUUCAACGAUAUCUCUCCACAAAAUAAAGAAGUGUGUUCAAAUAACAUCAAUUUAGACUUUACUUUUACCUUAUUUGAACAAUUACUUCACUUUAAUAUUAACACUCAUUUGUCUCACUUGCCCGUAUAGAAUUUUUCAAGGGAGCUGGGGCAUGACUGUCUGUUGUUUUUGUUACAAAUAUAGCUGGGGAACUUCCCUGAAAAGAGUCACAUCUGCCCAUUAUAUCCUUAAGGGAUCAAAACUUGCCCAAGCGUAUCCUUGGGGCCUUACCUAGGACUGCUACUCUUUAGCGUGUCUCGUGCUGGUUGUAGGCCAGAAUAAUUUGAUUCACUAACAAAAUGUAAUUCUGAAGAUGACCACGCCAUAUGAUCUAAAUUUUUAUUUUCUCCACUAGCAUAUGUGACUUUUUAACGGGGAGUACCCCGUGAAAUGAAGUCUUCUUACGUUUAUCUUUAGUCUGUAUUUCACAUGCUUCGACAACCCUUUGUGAUUGAGCUAUCGUAUAUUGAGAUAAAGUAAGCGAUCAUACCUCGCAAAUCCAGUAAAUGGCGAGUGCAGGAAUGAUCUCUUGCUGAAGGGUCAACUUGCUUUUUUCUUUGCUUCUUGUGUUAAUGCUCAGUGGUAUUGUGGAUUUUCAAUAAAAGCUGGCUUAUUGCA